UAAGCGAAGGUAAUACAAUAAAAAUUUUUGCUGUGCGCGCUAAAACUCUGCAACUCGUUCUGUUCGUCGUCGCGUCGCGUUGCGUUGCGUUGCCGCAUUGCCGUGUUGGGCAGUGUUGUUUUGCCGUUGACAUUGCCAUUGUGGCUCAAACGCGUUCGGUGUUUAUUCGUAGGCUGCGCAAGCCAUUUGGUUAUUCGGUUCAGGUGUAGAGUAAUCACUGGUAGGGACGGUUUAAUUUCGAUGAGCGCGCGUUUAUGUAUGUGUGUGUGUCUGUGCAUGGCAAAUGUACGGAGUGUUGUUUUGCAUUUGCCGUCGCCAAUUGGCGACAUUCGUCAAGUGAGCGGUGUCAGCAACAGCAACUGACAAAUACUAAUCGGUUGGUAUCUAUUAGUGCGGAUUGUUUUUUUAUAAACAAAUAAUUCGAUUUGCGUAAAACUAAUUAAGAAAAUUUUAAAUGUGUGUUUUGUGAACUUACAAGUGGAGGUGAAAAAAACAACGAAUUAAUUGGUGACACACAUCGGUUAUGAAUAAUCAUUCGAAACAUUAAAAUUACACAAAUCUAAAAAAUAAACUGAAAACUAAUCUCCAAAGCGAAUACAAAGUGAUUGAAUUAAAAAGUGUAAAGAAAAAGUCAAUGCGAAAUCAUCAAAAACACAAAUAAAACAAAAACUACUAAAAGUGUUGUUAACUCGUGCGAAGUAAAAAGCAUUUAAACUAAAGAAAUAACACAAAAUACCGCUCGCAAAAACAAAAAAAAAAAAACAAAACGCAAACGGCCAUUGUCGCAUGUGACAAAAAAGCAUGGAUUCUACCGUUACGGAUGCUCAUUCGUUAACAAGUGAACACAGUGUUGCCUCCUCCACGUCGUCAUCGUUGGCGCUGCAUGGCGCCGUGUUAGCGGCUGUUAAGCGCGAACGUUCACCAACACCGGUUUCGGUUUCAGUUUCGGAUUCGAUCGGCAAGGCAAUGAACACCAUUUCAGUGGCAACUAAUCUUACAAACAAUAAUCACAAUAAUAAUAUUAAUAUCCACAACAACAACCACAACAACAAUAAUAAUAGUCCACGUCACAAACUGAGUCCCAGUUAUCAUCACAGCAAUAACAAUAACAACAGCAUACUGUUGGCGCACAGCAUGAAUCCCACUGCGCUGCUGAUGCAUCAUCAGCAACAGCAGCAGCAGCACCAGCAACAACAACAACAACAACAACAGCAACAACAUCAGCACCAACAACAACAACAGAAUGGCGCACGUGAUGGCAAUGGCAGCCGCGGUGGCGGCAGCGGUCCCGGCGGCAGUGGCGCUGGCUCGCUAAGCGGCAGCAUCGGUGAUGAUCGCCCCUCCAACGGCCGCCUUUCGCAUACCGGUCGCGGCUCCAGCUGCUCGCCAGCCAGUUCCCCCACACGCCAUCCCAGCGCCGUCAGUCCGGUGACAUCGCUCAAUCAUACGAUGAUGCAACAAAUGCAACAACAACAUCACCAGCUAAGUCCGCCACCACAUGUGACGGGUGUACCUACGCCCAAUGGACUGCCCGCUGGCUUGCCGCCGCGCAUGCCGCACGGUCUGCCGCCUCACUCGCUCGGCUUGCUCAACUCGCUACAAAUGAUGCAUCACGCCUCGCCGCUGGAGCUGAUGGCCGCUGCCCAUCAUCAUGUGCCGCCGCGCUCCUAUAACAGUCCGCCACCCAUUUCCACCUCGGAUCCCAGCGCCAACGAAUGCAAGCUGGUGGAGUAUCGUGGCCAGAAGGUGGCCGCAUUCAUUAUUAGUGGUGACACGAUGCUAUGUCUGCCACAAGCUUUUGAGCUCUUCCUUAAGCACCUGGUGGGCGGUCUGCAUACCGUCUAUACGAAGCUGAAGCGACUCGAUAUUGUACCGCUGGUGUGCAAUGUGGAGCAGGUGCGAAUACUGCGAGGCCUCGGUGCCAUACAGCCGGGCGUCAAUCGGUGUAAGCUGCUCGCCUGCAAGGACUUUGACGUGCUGUACAGGGAUUGCACGACUGCCAGAUGCUUAUCGAUCAAGCCACCUGAGAGUAACUCUCUGCAAUUCCGCAGUUCCAGACCGGGUCGACCGCCGAAACGUGGCCCCGUCGGUUUGUCGCUGCCGCCCACACACUUGUCGCAACAUCCGCAAUUGAAGAAGCAUCGAUUGGAUAAUGGUGACUACGCUUACGAGAAUGGGCAUAUUGGUGACCUUAAUCGUCUCGAUAAAUCGCCACUCCUCGCCAACGGCUACAAUCCCCCGCCCAUCAAUCACAUGGCUUUCAUGCAAAUGAAUCAUCAUCCCGGCACGGCGUUAAUGUCACCCGGUAUGCCGCCGCAUGGCCUACACGCACGACCUGAUAGUCAAAUGUUGAAAGCUGCCGCUCAAGGUGGUAUGUCCGCGGCGAAUAUGGAUGCCUUGGCGCGCUCCGGCAUUUGGGAGAAUUGUCGCGCCGCCUAUGAGGAUAUUGUGAAACAUUUGGAACGGCUUCGUGAAGAACGCACCGAUGAGCGCCAACAAAUGAACAGCGGUGGCGGUAUCAAUGAGCCAAAGAUCCGCGAUUUAAGCUCACGAAAUUCUGGUUCGCCGAACCGUCACAGCCCCGUGCUGAAUCUCUCCAAGUCCGGCGGCAAUACGGACCAAGGCAGCAAUUGUGAUGAUCGCAGUGAACGCAGCGAAAUGCAUUCGCCGGUACAUUCGGUGCGCGAGGGUAGCGUCGGUGGCGGCAGUCAGGGUGUGAUUGGCGUGGAGGACGACGAUGACGAAAAUCUGAGUGAUGAUAAUGCGUCAGAAGUCGAUGAACGUUGCAACAAAGAUGACGAAGACUUGAGUGAUACUGAGCGUGAUAAUAUAACAUCGUCGACGGCGGCGUCGUCACAACGUCAUCCACUGCACCAUCACCACCCACAUCACCCCCACCCACACCACCACCACCACCACCACCAGCUGCACCAUGGCGCCAGCAAUGCUGUAGGUGUCGGUGAACGCGGCGUGCCAGGCGGGCCGGGCGGUGGCGGUGUCGGUGUAGGUGUCGGUGUUGGUGGCCUUGGCGUGGCUGCUGCAGCUGCUGCCGCCGCCGCUGUUGGUCUCAACGAACGCGACGUUGUCAACUCACACGCGGCACUACAACAAUCUCCCGUCUCCACACACAAUGCCGCUGCUGUGGCAGCGCUGCAACAUCAUCACCAGCGUGCUCUGAACUAUUCACAAUUGGCAGCGGCGGCUGCUGUUGCCGGUGGUGCUGCUGGCGGUGGGCCAGGUGCGAAUUCUGCCCUCGCGAAUGGGCCUGGCUCGGGUGGCGCGCUUGCGGGCACGGAAGCUUUGUUGGCGGCCAAUGACGCCACUGCAGCUGCUGCGUUGGCCGGUGGCCUCGCGCUUGGCCCACUCGCUAUGGAUCCGCACGGUGCACCCUCAUCUACAGAGACGCUGCUGCGCAACAUACAAAGCCUGCUGAAGGUGGCUGCGGACAAUGCGCGUCAACAGGAGCGACAAAUCAGCUACGAAAAAGCCGAGCUUAAAAUGGACGUUUUGCGCGAACGCGAAGUCAAAGAUUCAUUAGAUCGACAAUUAGCCGAUGAACGGAAACUUAGAGUUUUGUACCAGAAGCGCUACCGUCGCGAGCGUAAAAUGCGCAUACGCUACCAACAGCAGCUGGACGGCAGCAAACGAAAAUCGACACACCCAUCGAGUGCGGGUGGCAAUAGUGGCGGCAAUGGCAGCAGCAGCAGCGGCGGCGGGGGUGGCGGUGUCGGCUGUAGCGCUGCUGGGCCGAAUGGCAACGAGGAGGGCCGCAGCAGUGUCGGCGGUGAAUGCAAAAAUAGCAGCGGCGAAGCGGCGACGCGGAAAAACGAACAAGAUAACGAUUGCAAAUCGAGCGAAAAAUCUGAGAAAUCGUUGAAUUCAAAUGAUGGCUGCUCGCUAACACAACAAUCACAAAAUGCCCAAACGCAUCAAGCACAACAAUUGCAGCAACAACAACAACAACAGCACCAGUCACAAACUCAAUCAUUGACCCAUCAUCAUCAGCCACAACAACAACAACAUCAUCAUACCCAUCACUUGCGACAACGUUCCGAAAGUCCUACUUUCAAACGUGAACCCCAGUCGGAUCGUGAUAGUCCCGCUGGUCGUCACAGCGCCGAUCGUUUGGAACGUUGCGAUCGUGAACACUCCGAACGUGAAUCGCGUGAGCAUUGCGAACGCUCAGAACGUGAUAGCAGCGGUGGUGGUGGUGGCGGCGGCGGCGGCGGCGAUGUGUCUGCCAUGGAGCGUUCGUUGAGCUUGCCACCCACUUCACAAGCGGAAGGUAAUUUGGCGGCAGCGGCAGCAGCAGCAGCUGCAGCGGCUGCGGCUAGUGGUGGAAAGGCACCAUGGAAUUAUCCGGGCAUCGAUUUGAUGGCCACUGGCGCGUUCUGGCAGAACUAUUCUGAGUCCUUGGCUCAAGAAAUCGAAUUGGAACGCAAAACGCGCGCCGCCAAUGCCGAGCGUGACGUGAAGAGUCCACUCACCGAUCGCCCACCAGCAUACUACAAGAAUUCCGUACUUUUCGGCAGCGCCAAUUAAAAGACCACAGAGCAAAGUGAGUAUUGCGAGAGCUAUGUAAAUGGGAAAUGCGAUGAUGUGCCGACGGCAAAGCUUGUACUUAUUUGAGUAGUAGAUGAGUUAGAAAUCGAAAACGUUUAAAAGUUUUAAGGAAGCAAAAUGAAGAAAAGUGUAAAAGCAGACAAAGAUUUACAAUAUCUUAGUUAUGAUCUCAAAGUGCAAUCACAAGACGGGUGAAAAUUGAAAGCGUAGUACGGAAAAUAACGAAAGAAGAAUAUUGUAUAAAGAAAAAUUGAGUAAAACAAUUAGCAUUUGCUUUGAUAGACGCGUUACGACGGCGCUCAGUAUACGAAAUGGAAGAUGGCGUGGCAGGGCCGAAAGUGCUUACAAAUACAUAUUUAUAUGCUUACAAGAACAUUAAUACGUGUGUGAGGGUAUAGAAGAAUAAGGAAUUAAAAAAAAAAGCAUUUACGUAUAGCGAAAAGUAG